CACCAUGGAUCUGCUCUUUGGGCGCCGGAAGACGCCGGAGGAGCUGCUGCGGCAGAACCAGCGGGCGCUGGCCCGCGCCAUGCGGGAGCUCGACCGCGAGCGCCAGAAGCUGGAGGCGCAGGAGAAGAAGAUCAUCGUGGACAUCAAGAAGAUGGCCAAGCAGGGCCAGAUGGAUGCGGUGAAGAUUAUGGCGAAGGACCUGGUGCGGACACGGCGCUACGUGAAGAAGUUCAUCACCAUGAGGGCCAAUGUCCAGGCCGUGUCCCUCAAGAUCCAGACCCUCAAGUCCAACAACUCCAUGGCCCAGGCCAUGAAGGGCGUCACCAAGGCCACAGGGACCAUGAACCGGCAGCGGAAGCUGCCGCAGAUCCAGAAGAUCAUGAUGGAGUUUGAGAAGCAGGCAGAGAUUAUGGACAUGAAAGAGGAGCUGAUGAAUGACGCCAUCGAUGAUGCCAUGGGGGACGAGGAUGAUGAGGAGGAGAGGUGGGGGACACAGGAGGAACAGGGAU